CCGCAGAGCUUUGCAGCCCCGGUCCCUGACAUGGCACCCGGAAAGUCUGGGAAGAACACAGGGGCCUCAGAGAACCCCUCGGUUACGCUUUUCCGGGAGUACCUGAAGAUUGACACCGUCCACCCCAAACCCGACUAUGAUGCAGCCAUCCGGUUUCUGGAGCAUGUCGGCACCGACCUGGGCUUGGCCUGCCAGAAAGUGGAGGUGUGCCAGGGCCGUGUGGUGCUGAUCCUGACCUGGCAGGGCACGAACCCCCGCCUGCGCUCCAUCCUCCUCAACUCCCACACCGACGUCGUGCCCGUCUUUGAGGAGCACUGGACCUACCCCCCUUUCGAGGCCGUUAAGGACUCACAAGGCAACAUCUAUGCCCGGGGUGCGCAGGACAUGAAAUGUGUCUCCAUCCAGUACCUGGAGGCCAUCCGGAGACUAAAGGCGGAGGGAAAGUGUUUUGCCCGCACCAUCCACCUCACCUUUGUGCCUGAUGAGGAGGUGGGUGGACACAAGGGCAUGGAGAUGUUCGUGCAGCGCCCCGAGUUCAGAGCGCUCAACGUGGGCUUCGCCCUGGAUGAGGGCCUGGCCAGCCCGUCUGACACCUUCAGCGUCUUUUAUGGGGAGAAGAGCCCAUGGUGGAUAAAGGUGAAGUGCGUGGGCAGCCCCGGGCACGGGUCCCGUUUCAUCAGCAACACGGCGGCCGAGAAGAUGCACAAAGUCAUCACCUCCUUCCUGGCCUUCAGGGAGAGCGAGAAGCAGAGGCUCAACUCUGACUCAAGCCUGACCCUCGGGGACGUCACCUCACUCAACCUGACCAUGCUGGAGGGGGGUGUCUCCUUCAACGUGGUGCCCUCCGAGAUGGAAGCCAGCUUUGACGUCCGCAUCCCACUGAAGGCCUUUGAGGAGCAAGUGGCCGCAUGGUGCCGGGGUGCCGGGGACGGCGUCACCUAUGAGUUUCACCAGAAAUGCAUGGACCAACACGUUACCUCCACCGAUGAGUCAGACCCAUGGUGGAAAGCCUUCAGCGAGGUCUGCAGGGACAUGAAGCUGCAGCUGAAGCCCGAGCUCUUCCCCGCUGCCCCCGACCGCCGCCACAGACGAGAGGCAGGACACCCCGCUAUCGGCUUCUCACCCAUGAACCGCACCCCGGUACUGCUCCACGACCACAACGAGUUCCUCAACGAGCAAGUCUUCCUGCAGGGCAUCGACAUCUACGCCCGCCUCCUGCCUGCCCUGGCAUCGGUGCCCCCGCUGCCCGCCGAGGGCUGA